AUGGAAGCCUUUGUAGUCGGAGCAUACAUGGUAUGCGCCGUUUUCUUUAUUUUAUCAUUAGGAGGCCUGAGCAACCAAGAAUCUGCCAAGAGAGGUAAUUUCUAUGGUGUAAUUGCAAUGAUCUUAAUCACUCUCCUAUAAAUAAUUAUCAAAUCUAACAGAUUUUUUUAAAAGAAUUAUUAGUCAUAUCCCAAAUAAAUAUAGGAGUUUUCCCUAUAUGACCCGAUAAGUGCCGUGGGUUGUCCGUAGAAUCCCUCUGCUGGUUGAGCCAACCAGUGAAUUAGUCAAACCAACGCACUGAGUUGGUUUGACCAACAAAGGGAUUCCACGGGAACCCAUGGUCCUUAUCGGGCCAUAUAGGGAAAACUCCUAUAGAUAAAAAUAAUAUUAGGGGAUUUAGCAAUUACUGCAACAUUAUUCGUGGAAGAGUUUAAUGGAAGAUACCUUUUCUUCUUCCCAGCUUUUGUCCUUGGUGGAGUAGUAGGUCUCGGAAUGGCUUUAAAAGUCGAAAUGAUAAGCAUGCCUCAAAUGGUUGCCGCUCUGCAUUCCUUUGUAGGUCUCGCGGCUACUAUGGUUUCCUUUGCCAGCUAUCUUUUGCAUCCAGAUCAAACAAACUUACUCCCUUGGAUGACGAGCAAAAAAUUAGAAAAAUCUAAAUAUUUGGGAAAAGCCCAUUAGUUAGCGAGUAAAACAUUUUAACAAAUAAUAAUUUGAUUAUUAUAAUGAGAUCUUCAACUAAUUCUAUUAAAUUACAACAAAUCGCAUUCUUAAAUAUUAAUUUUAGAAAUUUAUUAAUAAAUAACUUAAAGAUUUUUUAACUCUCUAAUCAAAGGGAACGUUAGAGAUCAUAGAAAUAAAUAUAGGAGUUUUUAUAGGCGCAAUCACAUUUUCAGGGUCCGUGGUUGCUUGGGGAAAACUACAAGAAGUCAUUAGAAGCAAGCCUCUCAUCAUUUGUGGCUGGUUCAGACAUGUUAUCAAUUUGAUGUUCGCGCUAGGGUGUUUAGCAUGUGCAAUUUACUAUGCCAUUGAAGAAGACCAUGACUACAGACUUUACGCUUUAUUAGCCAAUGCUGGACUUUCUUGCUUUAUCGGUUGGCAUUUAGUUAUGGCAAUUGGAGGAGCUGAUAUGCCAGUGGUCGUCUCAAUGCUGAACUCUUACUCAGGCUGGGCUACUUCUGCAAGUGGAUUUUUACUUCAAGACGAACUUUUAAUUAUAACAGGCGCUCUUGUAGGUUCUUCUGGUGCCAUUCUAAGCUACAUUAUGUGCAAAGCUAUGAACAGAUCUUUCUUCAACGUCAUUGCAGGAGGAUUCGGAGAAGGAACAGCUGUUGCAGCUCAAGCAGCACAGAAUACAAAGGUAACUGGCACUUUAAAGCCAAUUACCCUUCACAAGAUGGUUGACUUAUUAAGAGAUGCCCACAAUAUCAUUAUUGUCCCUGGAUAUGGGAUGGCUGUUGCCAGAUGCCAACAUGACGUCGGAACUCUUGCAGAUUUCUUAAUCAAAACAGGAAGAAAGGUCAGAUUUUGUAUCCACCCAGUUGCUGGAAGAUUACCUGGACACAUGAACGUCCUUUUAGCAGAAGCUGAUGUUGAUUAUUCAAUUGUCAAAGAGAUGGACCAUUUAAAUAAAGAAUUUUCAGAAGUAGACCUCGCACUUGUUAUUGGUGCUAACGACAUUGUGAACCCAGACGCUUUAGAAAACCCUCAGUCUCCAAUUGCAGGCAUGCCUGUUUGUGAAGUCUGGAACGCCAAAGACACUGUUGUUUUCAAGCGUGGAGGUGGAGCUGGUUAUGCUGGAAUCGAGAACCCUCUCUUCUUUAAAGACAACACUCACAUGUUCUAUGGAAGCGCUGACAAGUCAAUCAAAGAAAUCCUAAACCAAGUGACUACAUUAAAAGAAGUUUUCAUAGAAACUGGAGGUGGGGUUGAAUAUGAUGACUCAGCUGAUGAAGAAGAAGCCUUAAAUAAGCCAGAAGAAGUUUUCCCAGAGCCAACUAAACAAAUUGGGGUUCCAAACGAGAUUUAUCCUUUGGAAAAUAGAGUUGCAAUGGCACCCGAUUCAGUGAAACUGUUCAGAAGAUUAGGAUUUAGAGUUCUUGUCGAAUCCGGAGCAGGCAAAGGGGCUAAUUUCCCAGAUGAAGCUUAUGCAAAAGAAGGUGCAAUUAUUUCAAGCACAGAAGAAGUCUGGAAUAGCGAAAUCGUCUUAAAAGUUAGGAAGCCUGACUACCACCCUGUUCUUGGAAGACAUGAAGAUACAUUACUGGAAAACACAAGAUUGCUUGUCUCUUAUGUGUACCCAGCAUCAAAUGCAGAUUGGUUAAAAGAUCUUGCUAACUCCCCCCAACGUGAGUGAACAAAACCAUUGGAAAAAUCCCCAAAAAAUCCACCCCGUGAGUGAACAAAACGAUUGGAAAAAUCCCUAUUUUUCCCCAAAAAACCCACCCUCUGAGAGUGAACAAAAAUUUAUAUAUAAGUGAUAAUUAUUAUAAUGAAAUCUCGAGCUAAUUCUGUUUAAUUGUAAACAAAUUGCGUUUUAAACAUAAAUUUUUAUAAAUAAAUUAAUAUUUGCUUCCCAAAUUAAGAUUUUUUUUCAAAAUUUCAAAAAAAAAAAUUUUUUUCUAUAAAAUUUUUAUAUAAAUUUUUUAACCCCCUCAACGAGUGAACAAAAUUUUUUUGUUCACUCACGGAGGGGGGGAGUAAGAGAUAUCCAAAGCUGACUUACAUGGCAAUGGACUGUGUCCCAAGAAUUACUAAAGCACAAAAAUUAGACUCGUUAAGCUCAAUGGGAAGCAUUGCAGGCUACAGAGCAGUUGUUGAAGCUUUCCACUAUUACAAGAAGACUCCAAAACCAAUGGUCACUGCAGCUGGAAAAAUUCCUCCUACUAAAGUUCUUGUUAUUGGAGCCGGUGUUGCUGGUCUCGCUGCUAUAGGCUACAGCCGAAGCUUAGGCUGCAUCGUAAGUGCUAUGGACACAAGAUCUGCUGCAAAGUCUGACGCAGAGUCUAUGGGUGCUCACUUUGUAGAAGUCCCUAUCAAAGAAGAAGGCGCUGUUGUCGGUGGCUACGCCAAAGUGAUGUCUGAAAACUACCAAAAGGCUCAAUACGACGUCACCAAAAAGACUGCCGCAAAAUGCGAUAUAGUUAUCACAACUGCCCUCAUACCAGGCAGAAAAGCACCAAUUUUGAUGGACGCUGGAAUCGUCAAAUCUAUGAAAUACGGAAGUGUCAUUGUAGACCUCGCUGCCGAACAAGGAGGCAAUGUAGAAGGAACCAGAGCUGGAGAAGCUGUUUUCACUGAUAACGGUGUAACAAUUGUAGGCUUCACUGACUUAACAAGCAGAAUGGCUCCUCAAUCCUCAGAACUCUAUACAAACAAUUUGUACAACCUCCUUGAUGACCUUUUAAACACACACAAGUUCAAAGUCAACUUAGAUGACGAAAUCAUCGGCCCAAUGGUCGUGAUACAUGAAGGGGAGUACAGCUACCAGCCACCAAAAGCAGUUCCAGCUCCUCCUAAGCCAAAUGUAGAGACCCCAGGAGCUCAUCCAAGCAAGAAAAAGCAAAAGCACCACUGGUCAAUAGGCUAGGCUAUUUAGUCAUGCGUUAGCCAUAUUGGUGACUGCGCCAUCAAACGGGAGACUCACAUCUGCUUUUCGACUCCUACCCAGGAGUCUAUCCCCAUUAAUGGGUGCCACUUCCAGUUCCUUCUGUCUCCUCCUUAUCUUGAGGCUUCAGUCUUAACUGGGCAGCUUAUGGAUUUCUUUGGUGGGCGAUUGGAGUAGCUUGACUCCUAGGAUCUGACCUUGCAAUCUGUCGGGUUUCGAAGUGUCUUCCUUUAGCAUAUAGUGACUUCAGGUAGAUGGCGCAUUCCGCGCCAUCUACCUGAAAUCUCUAUAUACAGGAAAAGACUACUACACUGUGGUCUAGGCCGAAACCCCCAGUUCUUGGAAAAGAUGCCCAUUGGUCCUUGAAUUCAAAAAAGGAUAUUCCCGGCACCUCCAUUUUCAACCACAGGAAGGUAGCCAAAACCUACCCGGAUAUUUGGAGUCCGUCCCAGUUCCGUUGCGCCAAGAAGGCAGGUUGACGUGUGUCAUGAUUUUAAUGUAUAUACCACUUGUCAAGAGACUUCAAAAUGUUUAUUGUUGCUGCAGUGGCCAUUGGUCUUUUCGUUGGGCUGUCUUAUGCAACAUAUGGGACCUUUAUGAGACUGUUCAUGACUUUUGUUCUCGCAAUUUUUAUUGGAUAUAUGGUUAUUUGGAAUGUUACCCCAGCAUUACACACACCGCUAAUGAGUGUUACUAAUGCCAUUUCAGGAAUCAUUGUUAUUGGAUCUAUGCUUCUUUUAGAUCCAACCGAAGGUACUAUUGACGAAGGGUCAAGUUAAGUUAAGUGUUAUAAGGCCAUAAGCGGAUAGACCACUAGCCUGCCUAUCUGGCGUAAACCCACCUAGCCUAAGGAUCAGUUCCUUAUUUUAGAGCCACCUCUUGCAUAUGCCCGAUUAAUCUUGAGCGGGAGGCAAAAUCUGUCUAGCCCAUCAGGGACAGGAAAAACCUCCUAGGAGAAACAAAACUUUCUCUGCUUGAAGCCCGAAGGUCUAGCUAAUAAAGUGGCAGAGGCACAUUAUUCAGCUUCAUCUGGACGGGUUUUACCUACUCCAUAGUGAGUGUGUCUCGGAAUUCAUCUUCCAUCGACUUCACCAUUAUAUUUCUUACGAAGGGUCAGGAAUCGCUAUCGCUUCAGUAUUUUUCGCAAGCAUCAACAUUUUUGGUGGCUUCACUGUGACUCAGAGAAUGCUCAGCAUGUUUAAGACCGAUAAGAAAAAGAAAAAGAACAAGCACCACGAUCACAACAAAAAAGAAAAAAAGGAUAAAAAGCACAAGCAUUAA